CAACCAAUUUCAGAAAACGCUGGAAGGUAAAUCAGCGCAGCAGUAAAGCGAGGGCGGGGUGUGUCGUGCGAAGCACAGUGCGUGAGGAGGGCGAGCGUUUGGAUCCCCUUUCAAGUUUAGACAAAGACAGCAGAACGGCUACGCUCGCCAGCGUCAACGCCUGUCAACCAGUUGUGUUCGUACGUCAGCGCGGGACAGAUGACGACUGAGGGCUCCCACGGACCACUGCGGUCGACGCCCCCGAUGAGGACCAGUCCAGCGUCCACCGCGCUGCAUCCAGGACUGAUGAACUCCACAGGUAGUUUGGAGGACCAUGGCGCAGUGUCCAAGACUAAAAAGACCAACUCAGGACUGCGACGCCCGGAAAAGCCGCCCUACUCUUACAUUGCGCUCAUUGUGAUGGCAAUUCAGAGCGCACCGACGAAGCGACUCACGCUUAGUGAGAUUUACCAGUUCUUACAAACACGCUUCCCUUUUUUCCGAGGCUCUUAUCAGGGCUGGAAAAACUCUGUUCGGCACAACUUGUCUCUGAAUGAAUGCUUCAUCAAACUACCAAAAGGACUUGGGCGGCCGGGUAAGGGACAUUACUGGACCAUAGACCCCACCAGUGAGUUUAUGUUCGAGGAAGGGUCAUUUCGUAGAAGACCACGGGGAUUUAGGAGAAAGUGUCAGGCCAUGAAACCGAUGUACAGAAUGAUGAACGGUCUGGGAUUCGGUUCCGCCAUUUUACCUCAGAGCUUCGAUUACCAGCCUCCCACCGGCGCACUUGCAUGCCAUGGCAGUGGCUAUAACCUGGACCUGUCUGGUAAUGGUUAUGAGUCGAUAAGCAGCGGGCACCAUGGUCACAUUUCCCCCAGCUCGAGACAUGGCUAUAUGGCUAGCUGUCCAGUACCCGGGAACGGAGACUAUGGCGCGGAGAGUAACACCAGCCCAGUUCCGUCUUCUCCUGCAAUAGCGGGCGCGCUUGAGGGUCACUCGCCGUAUUCAGAGGGAACAGCACUAUGGGCUUCUUCUUCAAAUUCGCCAUACCUUAAACAGCCGACUACAGUCUCAAGCAGUUCGCCGUCCACAGGGCAGCAUCCCGGCAUAUUCACCUACUCUCUGGAACAGGGUUACAUACAGCAAAGUGCGAGAGACAACACAGACAUGUCAGUUGGUAUAUCGCGCUAUCCAACACAUUCUUCCCCAGUCGGAGAACGGAAAGACUUCAUGUUGAAUUUUAAUGGAAUUACUUCUUUCCAUCCGUCUGCUGGUGGAUAUUAUCAUCACCAUCAUCAUCACCAUCACCACCAUCAGAGUAUGCAUCAAGAUGUCAAACCUUGCGUGAUGUAGUCCGCUUAUUGCGGAGCAAGUUGCACAAAGAUAAGCACUUGGAUAACUGUGAGGUAAAGACAAUUAAUGAAGGAUUAAUAAUUGUACACUCACAAAAUGCUUGGAAAUGUAUUUCUGAAAACCAGCGAAAAAGCCAAUGGCGACCUGAAUGGCGAAACAGUUAAACUCAUGAAGUCAUGGACUUGCCACUUUUCAAUAGUUUGAAUUAAGCACAUAUAAGUAUAUUUCAUUUAAUCUGUACAGUGCAAUGUGAUGUGGAAGUUAGCAAUAAAACAUUUCAAUGAAAGCAGUGUGUUUUUGCCUGACCGACAGGCCAAGGCCCUCUAUCUAUCUAUCUAUCUAUCUAUCUAUCUAUCUAUCUAUCUAUCUAUCUAUCUAUUUAUCUAUCUAGGCUUAUCUUAUGUGUGUUUUUAUGUUGAAUACAAACAUCUAGUUUAAAACCCUCCAACAUCGUAAUAAUUGUUGUGAACUGUUGCUGCCUUCCAAAAUUUCUGUAUCAUAUUUUCGUAAUAGCGUUUAUGUAAACAAGCGAACAAUAUACAAUAAGUCAAUGACGGUUUUUAACCGAGGUUUGAAUAUAUUUUUUUCACACCGCAGGUUGCGGCAAAUUGUCACAGUUUUAAUCACAUUAU